AUGGCUAGAAAAAACAAGAAAAAUCAAAGCCAAUCAAGAAAUAAAGACAAGAAUAAAUCAUUAAAUCAAGAAGAAAGGGGAAAAACUACUGACAAUGAAGACCAAAAGAUAGAGAAAAAAGUAGUUAUUACUAAACCUACUGAUAAUGAUGAUGAUAAUGAUGAUAAUUAUGAUGAUGAUGAUGAUGAUAAUGAUGAUGCUGUAUCCCAUGUUACAAAUCGUAAAGAAGAUAAAACAGCGGAAACAAUAGAUGUAAGCACUCUCCCGGAUGAAUCCACUGAAGAUCAUAGUAAUGAUUAUGAUAAUGGUUCUUCAACAAUAAUAACGGGUUCAAGUUCAGUAAACUUACAGUUAUUAAAUGAUAGUUCAUCCAAUAGUAUGCCUCAAAUUUUAGUGAGUACAAGUAAUGAUUCUGGAAAUAGAAAUGUCCCUUACAAUAUUACAAAAGAUAGCAUAACAUUUAGUGAAGAUAGAUCUUCUGGAAUUGAAAGAGAUAUAUCAACCGUAGACUUCCUAGAGAGUUCUGAUACCGUUGACCAGAAAGAAUUUGGAGAAAGCUUAAAAGAGAUUGAGUAUGAUUCUAAUGAGGAUUCACUUUAUUUAUCAAAAGAAUCAAAUAUUAUUGACUUAAAUGAACAGAAAAAAGGUAAAAUACAGAAAGAAGACUAUUAUGAUGAAAAAAUGAAAGAAUUUGCUGAUUCAACAACUCAUGAACGUCAAGAAUCAAAAAACGUAUUUUCUGAAGCAGCAACUGAAAAACAUUUAGAAAAUAAAAAGGAAGAAGAAAUAGGGGAAGACGAAGAUUCUUCAAAAGAAGAAUCGGCUCCAUACUCAUUUGUUAGUCAAGAAGAAAGUACCAAUCCUGAUUCUGGUGAAGUUACCGCAGAAAUUCAAGCUCGUUCAAAAUCAGAUUCUGUUUCAAGCAAAAAAGGUGAAAGUUUACAGACAAUUGCUGAAAUACCGUCAAAUGAUGUAUCCGAUAGAGAUACAAUAAAUAAACUCACGGAAGAAGAAAAUAAUGAAGAUUAUGAUAAAUCAGUAAUAAGGACAUUUAAAUCAACAGAUAGUAAAGAUACCCCUAAACCAAAUAAUUCUGAUGAUUUAGUCGAACCGGGCAAUAAUAAUAAUAAUAAUAAUAGUUAUGAUCCCGAUGUAAGUAAUAUUGCUGCUCAAGCUGAUCAAAAUGAUAGCCCACGAUCAAGUACAAAAGUUGAAAAACAGCUUGGUUCAGCCAAAGAACAAGUAGAGGAUUCUACAAUUUCUCAUAGAUUGACUAAUCAAGAUAAUGACACACUAAAAAGGGACGAUCAUAUGGAGCUAGAAUCAGGCAAAGAGGAAGUCAUAGAGCCCGUUAUAGAGCCUGAAUUAUCUAGAUCAGAAGGGCCAUUCAAAUAUUAUCAAAUAAUUAGCGAUUUACCCAAAGAUAUGAAGUAUACUUGUUUAGAUGCAUACCAAGGAAAUAUCUACUUAGGUACCACAGAGGGUGAUUUACUUCAUUAUUUUGAAAUAGAACCAAAUAACUAUAUAUUGGUCUCACAAACUAAAUUCGAUCAAAAUAAAAAUAGCCCAAUUGAUAGGUUUUUAUUUUUACCAAAAAUUGAAAGGGCUUUAGUUCUCUCAGGUGGAAAACUGACAUUAUUUCUCUUGCCUGAAUUUGCGCCUGCCCCUAAUAUCCCAAAUAUUGGUAACGUUAACGAUAUUACAUUAAAAUCGUAUUCUGAGAAAACAAGCGGCUAUUCAGUUUAUGCAUUUAAAAACGGUGGUUUCAUUGUCUUGAGAAUAUCAGAAAAGUCGAUGAUUUCUUCCAAAAAAUACGACUUAAAAGGAGUCACGAAGGGGGCUGCCCAUGAUAGUAUCUUAAUGGUAUCUCGAGAUAAUACAUACGAAAUUAUAGAUACCGGUUUGGAUGAGACAAUUCAACUAUUUAGAGUAAGUGAAAAUAAAGAUCUAAUGAAACCUAUUAUUCUAAGCUUUAAUGAUAGUGAAUUCUUGAUUGUCUCGGGAGGCACUUCAAUAGAAGAUACUGCAAUGGGAUUAGUUGUUGAUCAUCAUGGUAAUAUUGUUCACGGGACUCUUAUUUUGGAUAGAUAUCCAAAGAAUAUUGUAAUUAAAUUCCCUUACCUUUUUAUUGAUUAUGGUCAACGAGAAAUAUCAGUUUAUAAUGUCUCAUCCAAUGAAGAACCAAUUUUACUACAAACAUUGAAAUCAACCGGUAAAAGUUUAUCUAUAUGUGAAAGUUCAGAAGUAUUCAAUGGGUUCAUUAAUAAGGACUUAAAGAACAAAGUCAUGAAUUUUCUAGUGCAAAAACCAAUUUAUUUCCAAGGUAAUGAAUACCCUUCAUCUAAUCUGUAUGAUGAAACUACUAGUGGCGAUGAAGAUAUUUCUAAUAAUAUACAGAAACAAAAGUCUCAUAUUGAAAAUAUAUUCGAAAAAAAAUCAUCAUUAGCAAUUUAUGGUGAUUUAGGUGUGCAUAUACUUUCCGUUGAAACUCCACUUUUGAGAUUUGACGAUAUAAAUGAUCAGCAAAGUCAUGAAAUUAAGAAAUAUAUACAAGACACUCAGAGUGAGAAAAAUUCACCAUUUAAGCAAUUGGAAAAUAGAUAUUUAUUAACUCUAAGACUAAUUUUACUAUUAAAUUUUGAAGAAAUUAUAGAUGAAAAUGUAAUUAAGAAGUGGUGCAAAUAUAUAAAAAAAGUAAAUAUAUUAUUGCUCUUUUAUAUCUUUAAUCUCAAAGUAUAUGGUGAUAUAUGGUGCUAUACGGGAUUACAGGAUUUGGUAUUUACAGUGAAGGAGCAAAAAGUGGUAGAAAGUAAAUGCCCAACCAUUAUUAAAAUUUUGAAAGGUUUAGGUGAAUUUGUUAAACUACAACGUGAGAAAAUCGAAUCAGCUCAAUCAAAAAAAAAGGAUGUUAAUAUUAUUCAAGCGAAUGAUUUAUUCUAUAAGAAUUAUACUAACAUUAAGAAGACUAUUGACAUGGCAAUCGUUAAUCUAAGUUUAGAAAAAGAUGAAAAAUUAACUCUAAAAAAAUAUGCAUUUGAUGUUGACAACUUUAAAGAUAUUAUUGAUAUUGUAGAAAAUAGUAAGAGUGAAAAACAAGAAGAGUUUCUUCUUCAGAUUUAUAAAUUAACUGGGAACAUUAGUAAAGCGUUGGAAUUAUUACAGAAGCAAAAGAAAUAUAUUGAUUUAUUGAAUUAUAUUGAGGCAAAUAUAAUAGAAAUAAAUAGAGCAUAUAAAGAGGAUGAAAUAGUUAACGAAUUUGUUUUUAUUAUUAGUGGGUUGGGCGAUGAUAUCAAAACAUCUACAAUAGAAAGUAUUCUAAGUUUAUUGACCAUAUGCAAUAUAAAAAGAGAUAGGUUAAUAAUGAAGCUAGAGGAUAACGUAGAAAUUAAAGUUUUUAUAUUAGAAGAAAUGGGUAUUGAGGACAAUAAUGAAAGAACUUUUAUGCUCGAAUACUACAUAGUAAAAUUGGAAAAAGAGAUGAAAGAUCAAAAUUUGUGGGAAAGUAUUGGUAUUUGGUUAUCAGAAUAUAGCAAUGAUCUUAACUAUAAUAAGAAAAAAAUAGAGGAAUAUUUGAAGAUCAAAAUGGAGAGUAGUGAAACAGAUUUUGGUGAAUUUCUUAUUAUUUUCAAUAAUAUAUGCAAUGUUUGCUUUUCAGAGAAAGAUCGUACUAAAGAAGAUGAAGAUGAUCGGGAAGAAAUAGAAUUUAUUAGUAAGUUCUAUAAAUGUAUUAAAAAAAUUGAUAUUAAUCAUAUUUUAUCGUUAUUAAUGUGCUUUAAAUUAACUAAUAAUAAUUAUAGAAAUGAUCUCUUAAGCAAUGAAGAGAUUUUCAAAAUAAAAUAUGAUUAUUUUGAUUUUAUUGGUGUCGAAGAUUUCAUUAGUAAAGACAAUCUUUUAAAAAUAUUAAAGAAUUAUAUUGAUAUUCACGAUAAAAUUAAUAGAUUCAGAAAUAUUAAUAAAUUUUUAAAACGAAAUUAUAAUUGUUUUAAAGAUGAUCCUAAUUUAUUACUUGAAAUAUUGAAGAUAAUACCUAAGGAUAUCCCACUAAAAUUAGUAGGCGAUUUACUCUAUUACAUUACAAGAAAAUAUGAAACUAAUAGAACUGAACAAACUAUUAAAAAGGAAUUAUUGAAAAGUGAAAUUCAGCAAUAUAAUGAUAUUAUCAAAUGUUUAACUGAUGGAACUAAUAGUAUGCAUUGA